ACGCGCUCCCGCGAGAUUUCGUUGAGUUUACUUGAGCCAAUGCCACGUCUUACCAGCGGCAUCAGCGUAGACCGAAAUAUCAGCAGUUUAGCGAACAUAUAACAGCAGGACUGAGAGUCAACCAGCGGCCCGACAGGCAGUGAUAUCUGACUCAACCCGAGGCGAUAAUAUGGGUUGUAUACGUCUGCUGGCACUGGCGGCGGCCACAUAUGCAAUCGUCCUGUUAGCCUUCCAUUCAGCUGCCGCUCAUAGUCAUUCCCAUGGCGACCAUGGACACGGCCACGGCCACCAUCACCACGGCCACCAUCACCACGGCCACUCCCACGGAGAAGACGAUCACGCUGAGGUGAGGAUGUUCCACGGAGCGAGCAAGUGGAGCGCCGAGGCCAACCUCCCUGUAGAAGAGGAGGAGCAUCACGGACACGCACACGCUCAUGAUCACGGACACGCACACGCUCAUGAUCACGGACACGCUCAUGAUCACGGACACGCACACGCUCAUGAUCACGGACACGCACACGCUCAUGAUCACGGACACGCACACGCUCAUGAUCACGGACACGCACACGCUCAUGAUCACGGACACGCUCAUGAGGAUGUUGUUCGGGUCCACAAGGAGGAGAGUGGCCGUGGGCACUCACAUGGAGGAGAGAGGGUGAAGAGGGAGGCAGAGAAGAGGGACGUGAUGGAGCUCUGGAUGCAGGCCAUCGGAGCGACGCUGCUGAUCAGCGCGGCUCCUUUCCUCAUCCUGUUUCUGAUCCCAGUUCAGUCCAACAGCGACCAGCACCAGAACCUGCUGAAGGUGCUGCUCAGCUUCGCCUCAGGUGGACUGCUGGGUGACGCCUUCCUCCACCUCAUACCACACGCUUUGGAGCCUCACUCUCACCACGGAGACGACCACGGACACUCGCACGAAAGCGAAGAGUCACAUGAUCACGGUCACUCUCACGGAGCCGCCCACGGUCACAUGAUGUCAGUGGGAAUGUGGGUCCUCGGUGGGAUCAUCGCCUUCCUGGUUGUAGAAAAGUUUGUGCGUCUGCUGAAGGGCGGACACGGACACGGACACUCACAUGGACACUCACACGAUGCUCCCAAGGAAAAGGACAGUGAUGGAGAAGAAGAAGAAGAAAAGGAAAAGAAGAAAGCAGAGAAAGGAAGCAAAGAUGAGAAGGUGCCAAAGAAAGAGGAGAAGAGCGCAGACAUCAAGGUGUCCGGUUACCUGAACCUGGCAGCUGACUUCACGCAUAAUUUCACUGACGGCCUGGCGAUAGGAGCGUCGUUCCUGGUCGGUCCAGCAGUCGGCACCGUCACCACCCUCACCAUCCUGCUGCACGAGGUCCCACACGAGAUCGGAGACUUUGCCAUCCUCGUCCAGUCUGGCUGCACCAAGAAGAAGGCCAUGUGUCUACAGCUGCUGACAGCCCUGGGAGCUCUGGCUGGCACGGCUUGCUCCCUAUUGGCCGAGGGCGUGGGCGCCGCGGCGACCGCCUGGAUCCUGCCGUUCACCGCCGGCGGGUUCGUUUACAUCGCCACGGUGACCGUGCUCCCAGAACUUCUGGCGGGCCGCUCCAGUUUCGGCCAGUCCCUGAUGGAGAUUCUGGCCCUGCUGUUUGGAGUCGGCAUGAUGGUGCUGAUCGCCGAGUACGAGUGAGACGCAGCAGAGCGGACGGGAGCAGAGAGGGAAAAGGUCAAAAAGGUUGGAAAAAAUGGCGGUUUUAAGUAGAGUUCAAGUGGAUUAUUAUUUCAUCAGGGGUGUGUUUUCUUCUUUUUUAUUAAUUGUGUUUUGGGACAAACACCACCCACUGAUGGCAAACGGAUGAUUUUUGUUUUGUGUUUGUUUUUUUUAAACGGUUCAUAGUCACAUCCCUGAUUUUGUGUCACUGUUUUCUUUUUCGGCUUCUUAAAAACUGUUCAGCUGGAGAGACUGAGAGCUGGAAGGAAACAGAGCGAUGGUAAAGGUUGUUUUUUUUUUUGCGAUGUUCAGUGAGGGCCUCGAUCACAACACGGCCCCGAGAGGUCUCUUCACAUCUCACUACGUGGAUCAUUCAGCUACAGAUGUCCUGCAGCUUCAACUGACGGCCGGUCCCCUGUAAAAGUGACUUUUAAAUAGAUUAAUCUUCAAGCCAUAACAACAGAUUUUCUGAAGGCUGAUUGUUGAAACUACAUCUCAGAGCCGGGUCACUGACAGAGCAGAGAACGAGAUGGUCUGGCUCAGUUUCUUUGUACUGCUCAGUUGUACUGUAUGUGUUUUAAUGUCUGUUUCCUUUAGAAAUAUUGAAUGUUAAUAUUUUUACAUUCCACAGAAUAAAAGAAAAUGUUGUUGCUUCUACAGAUGUUCACUUGUUUACUAUUGAAUCAUUAAAAUCUCUGAAUGGAAGAGUUGUGCCCUUCACAA